GCCAGGGACUGACCUACAGACCCACGGACAGACAGACGGAAAGACUGUGCUGAUGGCCGCGCAGGGAGAGCCCAGCGUGGGACCAGGAGUCUGGAACCAGACGGAGCCUGAGCCCGCUGCUGACCGCCUACUAAGCCUUUGCUUCCUGAAAACGGCAGGGGCCUGGGUGCCCCCCAUGUACCUCUGGGCCCUUGGCCCCAUCUACCUCCUCUAUAUCCACCGCCAUGGCAAGGGCUACCUCCGCAUGUCCUCCCUGUUCAAGACCAAAAUGGUGCUUGGGUUCACCCUCAUAAUCUUGUACACCUCCAGCGUGUCUGUCACUCUUUGGAGAAUCCAGCAGGGGAUGCCCCAGGCCCCCGAAUUCCUCAUUCACCCCACCGUUUGGCUCACCACAAUGAUCUUGGCAGUGUUCCUGAUCCACAUGGAGAGGAAGAAGGGGGUCCAGGCAUCUGGGGUGCUGUUUGGGUACUGGCUGCUCUGCUGUCUCUUGCCAGCCAUCAGCACCGCCCAGCAGGCCUCACAAGGGGGCUUCCAGAGUGACCCCUUCCGCCACCUGUCCACCUACCUGUGCUUGUCUCUGAUGGUGGCGCAGUUUCUGCUGUCCUGCCUGGCCGAUCGACCCCCCUUCUUCCCUAAAGAGCCCCAGCAAUCUAAUCCCUGUCCGGAGGCUGGGGCCUCCUUCCCCUCCAAGGCCAUGUUCUGGUGGGUUUCUGGGCUGGUCUGGAGGGGCUACAGGAGGCCACUGGGACCAAAAGACCUCUGGUCCGUUCGGAGAGAGAACUCCUCAGAAGAACUUGUUUCCCAGCUGGAAAGGGAAUGGACAAGGAGCCGCAGAGCGGCCCAGCGGCACACUGCGGCAGCCGCGUUUAAGAAGAAAGGGAGCCUCCGCCGUGGUGGGGAGCCCGCAGAGGCCGAGGCCUUCCUGCAGCCAAGAGGGAGUGUGAGGGGCCCGCUGCUGAGGGCCCUCUGGCAGGUCUUCCGCUCUACCUUCCUCCUGGGGACCCUCAGCCUUGUCAUCAGUGACGUCUUCAGGUUCACUGUCCCCAAGCUCCUCAGCCUUUUUCUGGAGUUCAUUGGCGAUGCCACAGCCCCGGCCUGGAAGGGCUAUCUGAUUGCGGUGCUGAUGUUCCUGGCCGCCUGCCUGCAAACGCUGUUCGAGCAGCAGCACAUGUACAGACUCAAGGUGCUGCAGAUAAGGCUGCGAACAGCCGUCACUGGCCUGGUGUACAGAAAGGUCCUGGCUCUGUCCAGCGGCUCCAGAAAGACCAGCGCAGUUGGGGACGUGGUCAACCUGGUGUCUGUGGACGUGCAGCGGCUGACGGAGAGCGUCGUCUACGUCAAUGGGCUGUGGCUGCCGCUCGUUUGGAUCAUCGUCUGCUUUGUUUAUCUCUGGCAGCUUCUAGGACCCUCUGCCCUCACCGCCGUCACUGUCUUCCUGAGCCUCCUCCCUCUGAAUUUCUUCAUCACCAAGAAGAGGAACCACUAUCAGGAAGAGCAAAUGAGGCAGAAGGACUCCCGGGCACGGCUCACCAGCUGCCUCCUCCGGAACAUGAGGGCGGUCAAGUGCCACGGCUGGGAGGGGGCCUUUCUGGAGAGAGUCCUGCGCAUCCGGGGCCAGGAGCUGGGCGCCCUGAGGACCUCCGGACUCCUCUUCUCUGUGUCUCUGGUGUCCUUCCAACUGUCCACGUUUCUGGUGACGUCACCCUGGUCUCCCUGCAGAGUGUGGGCUGGGGAGAGGGGGUGUUGGGGGAGGAGGAUGAGGCUUUGUUUUCCCCAGUCCCGGGUGUCCUUCGACCGCCUGGCCGCCUUCCUCUGCCUGGAAGAAGUUGACCCUGAGGCUGUGGUUUGGAGUCCCUCCAGAGGCCCCGCCAGGGAGGAUUGCAUCAGUGUGCGAGAAGGUACCUUUGCUUGGUCCCUGGAGAGCCCGCCCUGCCUACACAGGAUAAACCUCAGCGUGCCACAGGGCUGCCUGCUGGCUGUGGUUGGUCCCGUGGGGGCAGGGAAGUCCUCUCUGCUCUCCGCACUCCUCGGGGAGCUGUCAAAGGUGGAGGGGACCGUGAAUAUCAAGGGUCCCGUGGCCUACAUGCCCCAGGAGGCCUGGGUCCAGAACACGUCCGUGGUGGAGAACGUGUGCUUCAGGCAGGAGCUGGACCCAUCGUGGCUGGAGAGGGUCCUGGAGGCCUGCGCCCUGCGGCCAGACGUGGGCAGCUUUCCUGCAGGCGUCCACACCCAAAUUGGGGAGCAGGGCAUGAAUCUCUCUGGGGGCCAGAAGCAGCGGGUGAGCCUGGCCCGGGCCGUGUAUAGGAAGGCUGCUGUAUACCUGCUGGAUGACCCCCUGGCAUCCCUGGAUGCUCAUGUCGGCCAGCACAUCUUCAAUCAGGUCAUCGGGCCCAACGGGCUGCUCCAGGGAACGACACGGAUUCUCGUGACCCACGCACUCCAAGUCCUGCCCCAGGCUGAUUGGAUCGUGGUGCUGGAAGAGGGGGCCAUUGCAGAGAUGGGUUCCUACCAGGAGCUUCUGAACAGGAAGGGGGCCCUGGUGAGCCUUCUGGAUCGAGCCAGACAGCCAGGAGGUAGAGGAGAAGGAGAAACAGAACUCGCGACCAGCAUUCAGGACCCCGGAGGCUCUGCUGGAGGCGGGAGGCCCAUGGGUGGACCAGAGAGGUCCAUGAAGUCAAUCCCUGAGGACAGCACCACUUUGGAGGCCCAGACAAAGGUUCCCCUAGAUGACCCUGAGAAGGCAGGACUGCCAGCAGGAGGGGACAGCGUGCAGUAUGGCAAGGUGAAGGCCGCCCUGUACCUGAGCUACAUACGGGCCGUGGACACCCCACUCUGCCUCUACGCACUGUUCCUCUUCUUCUGCCAGCAAGUGGCCUCCUUCUGCCGCGGCUACUGGCUCAGCCUGUGGGUGGACGACCCCACCGUGGAUGGGCGGCAGACACAGGCGGCCCUGCGAGGCUGGGUCUUCGGGCUCCUGGGAUGCCUCCAAGCUAUAGGGCUGCUUGCCUCCACGACCACAGUGCUCCUAGGGGGCAUCCGGGCAUCCGGCCGGCUCUUCCGGAGGCUCCUGUGGGACGUGGCGCGGUCUCCCAUUGGUUUCUUCGAGCGGACGCCCAUGGGGAACCUGCUGAACCGCUUCUCCAAGGAGACAGACACCAUAGACGUGGACAUCCCAGACAAACUCCGGUCCUUGCUGAUUUACACCUUCGGACUCCUGGAGGUCACUCUGGUGGUAACGGUGGCCACCCCGCUGGCUGCCGUGGCCAUCCUGCCAUUGCUGCUCCUCUACACUUGGUUUCAGAGCCUGUACGUGGCCACUUCGUGCCAGCUCAGACGCAUGGAGUCAGCCAGGCACUCCUUCGUGUGUUCCCACGUGGCGGAGACGUUCCAGGGCGGUGCAGUGGUCAGGGCUUUCCGGGCCCAGGGCCCCUUCGUCGCUCAGAACAAUGCCUACAUGGAUGAAAGCCAGCGAGUCAGUUUCCCACGGCUGGUGGCUGACAGGUGGCUCGCUGCCAACCUGGAGCUCCUGGGGAACGGGCUGGUGUUUGCCGCUGCCACGUGCGCUGUGCUGAGCAAGGCCCAUCUCAGCGCUGGCCUCGUGGGCUUCUCCGUCUCCGCCGCCCUCCAGGUGACCCAGACGCUGCAGUGGGCUGUUCGCAGCUGGACAGACCUGGAGAGCAGCAUCGUGUCGGUGGAGCGGAUGCAGGACUACACUCGGACACCCAAGGAGGCGCCCUGGACACUGCCCACCUGUGAAACCCAGCCCCCCUGGCCUUGUGGGGGCCAGAUCGAGUUCCGGGACUUGGGGCUGAGACACCGACCCGAGCUCCCGCUGGCCGUGCGGGGUGUGUCGUUCAAGAUCCACGCAGGAGAGAAGGUGGGCAUUGUUGGCAGGACGGGGGCUGGGAAGUCCACCCUGGCGGGGGGCCUGCUGCGGCUCCUGGAGGCAGCUGAGGGUGAGGUCUGGAUCGACGGGGUCCCCAUCAGCCAUGUGGGGCUGCACACGCUGCGGUCUAGGAUCACCAUCAUCCUCCAGGACCCCAUCCUGUUCCCCGGCUCUCUGAGGAGGAACCUUGACAUGCUACAGGAGCACACGGACGAAGCCAUCUGGCAGGCCCUGGAGACGGUGCAGCUCAGAGCCCUGGUGGCCAGCCUGCCCGGCCAGCUGCAGUACGAGUGUGCCGACCAAGGCGAUGACCUCAGCCUGGGCCAGAAGCAGCUGCUGUGUCUGGCACGUGCCCUUCUCCGGAAAACCCAGAUCCUCAUCCUGGACGAGGCCACGGCCGCCGUGGACCCGGGGACUGAGCUGCAGAUGCAGGCCGCCCUUGAGAGCUGGUUUGCCCACUGCACGGUGCUGCUCAUCGCCCACCGCCUGCGCUCCGUGAUGGACUGUGCCAGGGUGCUGGUCAUGGACAAAGGGCAGGUGGCAGAGAGCGGCAGCCCUGCUCAGCUGCUGGCCCGGAAGGGCCUGUUCUAUAGGCUGGCACAGGAGUCAGGCCUGGUCUGAACCAGACCCCUCAACCCUCCCGCCACGCCAACCUGGAAAGACGUGCCAUGCCCUGGAGAUACCAGUGACCUGGGGGUCAUCAGCAGAGUCUAGACCCCUCUGCUCUCCGGGAUUGGGUGGCAAAUGGCAGGGAAAGUGGACGAUCAUCACAGACCCAGGAGGAUGCAGCAACCCCCAAGGUCGGCCUGAUCAGAGCCCGUCCAGCCUUGUCCAUCCUGGACCCAAAGUGGACAGUGGCUCUCAGCCCUGGCUGCCCAUUGGACCCACGUGGAACCUCAAGACCUGCCCACACCCAGGCUCUACCACAGACCAAUGAAGUCAUUAACCCUGUGGCAGGGCAAUGGUGUGUGUACUUUCCCAAAUUAACCCUUUUAUUUCGAGAUGAGUGUAGAUUGACCAGCAGUUUUAAGAAAUAAUCCACAGAAUGCCUGUGCACCCUUUUCCAUUUCCCCCAAAAGUAACACCUUGAAAAACGCUAGCGUGGUAUCACAACCAGGAUAUUGACAUUGGUACCAUACACAGAUCCUGCUCAGAUUUCCCUGUACUAGUAUGUGUGCGUGUGCAUGCGUGUGUGUGUGUGUGUGUGUGUGUGUGUGACUUCUACACAAUUGUAUCACACGUAUAGGUGGCAUCCACCACCACUUCCAUCACCACGACGACCCCUGGGGCUGCCGUUCUGUGACCACACCCUUCCCUCCUGCCCCCGCGGCCCCCAACAUGCUCUCCAUUCGGGCACACGGUAUAUUUUUAAAGCUCCCCGUAUGAUCCCAACAUGCACCAGGACUGAACGCCAUGGCUCCUGCUGCUCCUCCCACCCUUGUACACGGGCUCCAAGAGGCAUCUUGUCUGAAUUAGACACAUGAGCCACGACCCACACCACGAUGGGGCCCUCUGGGCACAAGCAUGAGGACACACGGGCACGCAGUUCAGCUCCGAAGGCCAGAGGGGAGGGGCCGGGACUUCUUCAGGAGAAGUCCUGAGGGAAUCGCUCCGGACCUGGCACAUGUCAUACAUCUGUUUGUUACAGACCAAAUUCCAGCUUCUUGGGGGAGCCCCAGAAGCAGUCAGAACAUCCCAGGCAUUUCUGUUCAUACUUCCUCCCCCGAGGGGGCCGUGUGGGAAAUGCUGCUGGAGUCAGAGGUCAGGGUGGUGACGGGCAGCCCCUGCCUUCCUGAAGGGCGGUGCACAGCGCAGGUGCUCAGGCCUGUUUCUGACAGCGGUCGGAAUCUUAGUGCAGGGCUCUUACGACUGCCUUCAGGCACCAGGAAAGGGGGCUCGAUUCUCAAGUAGCCAAAGCCGAGGUUCCCCAGACACAGCUAACUGUAGUGCAGCGUGAGCAAUGAGGCAACCCAGGCUCCUCACUGACUCAUGGCAUUGCUGCAGGAAUAGAGGAAGCUAAUACACGGAAACGUGUUCAGAGCCGAGCCGGGCACAAAGUGCGUGCCCAAUAAACGUUCACGAUGAUCACUGUUGUAUCUGAGGGCCUCUGUGGGCAGCGAGAAGGGUCCACACACCAGGACUUUUAUUCUGGUCACUACCGACAUGUGGGGUAGAUAAUUCUCUGCCACGUGGGGUUGUCCUGGGCACUGUGGGAUGUGUAGCAGCAUCCCCGGCCUCCACCCACUAGAUGCCAGUAGUACCCCCGCCUCCAGUUGUGACAAAAAUGUCUCUAGAUGUUGCCAGAUGUCCCGGAGGGAAUCAAAUCCACCCAGUCCAGUCACUGGGCUAACCCGGCCCAUUGCCACCAAUAAUCUCCUGAGACCGGGGCAGUGGCUGCGCUGGUGCACCAGCAGGCGCCUGUGGACACCCAGCUGCCUGACAGGACACAGCCUGCUCUACCUCGUCAGGUCACAGGGACUUCCUAAUGGGACAUCCCGACACAGGUUUCCAGCCCAGAGUGAUCCACAUUUAAUUGCAGCUUCUACCUCCCUCGGCCGAGAUGUGGCGAGCAGCGCAUUUUGAUGACUUCAGAUUGGGGUAGGGCGCCUGCACCUCUUGCUUCUCCCCUGUUGUGCCUAUGAAGUGCUGGCCCCACCAUUACUGGCAAUUACGAGCUCCAUUUCGCAGAUGAGGAAACUGAGGCUCAGACAGUUGCCAUGACCUGCCGAGGUCACCCAGUUAGUAAGUGGCAGGGAGGGGAUCUGCCCCUGGGGCCAUCUCACACCAAAGCCCAAGUCAUCAUGUGGGGGUUGUCUUUCCAACUUGGGAGCCUGGAAAGGGACCCGACAUAGCGCUUCUCGUUGCUCUGCCGGGAGCUGAGCCACCGGACGGCCCGGCAGAGCGGCCGCAGGCAAAGGCGGCAGCAGCUGCGUGUUUGGCAAACUCACUUGGGGUCAUUCCAGGGUCACAAAAGCCUACUUUCACGGAAGGAGAUGGUCUGCCAGGGCGCAGAGUAUGGGCCACAGGAGCCAGCGCCCACGAGCCUGCUGACAAGGCUGCUGCUGGCCCACACCCUUGCUGUGGGGACGCUGUGGGGACCAGCCUGCAUGCCAUCCAGGCCACUAAUCCCCUCCCCUCCCCCCCCACCGUGGCUCCUGCCAGCAGAGCCUGGCUGGCGGGGAACACACACAUCCAGGGAAGCCACACAUGGAGCUGAUCGCACCUGCAUGGUCAUUUACUUCAUUUGAGACACUUAAGAGUGGGUGUGAGUCGUCCACACUCUCCCUUCUAUGGUGACCUGGAAGCCAGCUCCUGAGAGGCAAGGUCAAAAGGCGAGAACAGCCUGGCUCUCGCAGUGGCUGCUUGGAAGGGAGUGAUCCUGCAGGGGCGCCUGACCCUCAUCGGGACGUGUAUGAGCAAGAAAUAGAACCCUGUGUUCAUUUCCCAUGAGUUUGCGGCUACAGCACGGCCCAACCUAUCCUGACUGUAUUAACACAAAGGGAUUUUCAAGGGCCACGUGAUUUUUGCCUUAGAACCUGACCUGGGCCACACACACAUCACUGCUCAUCUUCACAACGUUCCCACCGUGCAGGUGUGAUCAGCUCCACUUGACAGAUGAGGCAACAGGGACUAAGUGACUUGCCCAGGGUCACACAGCCAGCAAAUGACAAGGGCAGGACUCAGCGCAGGUCUGUCUGACCCCAGAGCCCAGGCUCUGUCCACCGGGCCACGCUGACCCCCCACUCUACCCCACACAGCUCUUAACCUCUAGGCUCCCAUUUCCGACAGGGGCUCCCACUAGAGAUGGCAUGUCUGCCAACAGGAAAGAAGGAAAGCAGACAAGAGGGGAGCCGCUGACUCCCAGAGGAGAUGGCUGAAACCCCAAAGAAAAUGGAAUCGUUAUUAGAAAGAAAUAAAAUUUUUUUUUUUUUACUGCAAAUUGCUUGUAAAUGUUCUCGUUUCCAGUGUAAGUCAUUACAAAACGAUUCCCAAGAAAAACUUGGUUUAUCUAAUGUGAAAGAAUGGUAUAACUUACAAAAAAUAAAUAUAUAUUUCCACCUAAAGGAAGAUGCUUUUCUGGAUUUGAAGUCAGCAAGGGAAUCUCGGGGCAGCAGUGGCCCCUCUGCUUUGUGGGUCUCCCCUGGGUCUCUGGUCGCGAGACCUAAAGGACGGGCCCUGGAGGUCUCCACUCGCUUUUUCUUCAGGAACCCGCAGACCCGCUGUCAGAUGCCGGCCACCUUGGCUUUCCCUGGGAGAGCUGCUCCCGGCCCAACACUUCCGCCCAAGAAAUUAAGUUGGGAGAGUGUUUCUCCCAGGAGCAGUACUUUAAAAAAAAAAAA